AUGGCGGCUAACACGCAGGAAGGCCCUUUGCUCGGGAUCAACGGGCUGAGAGUGCGCGGUGGUUACGUCUAUUACGUCAAUACGCCCGAGCGGCUGUCCUGUCGCUUCCCUGUGAAUCAGGAAACUGGUCGACCGCUGGGCCCAACUGAGGUCAUCAGCCGUGGUGCCUUAGUAGAUGACUUCGCCAUCAUUGCACACGGAGUGGGCUACCUAGCAGGUCUCAGGGAGAAUAUCAUUACCAGGGUCUUUCCGGAUGGAACGCAAGAGAUAGUGGCUGGGAGUCAAAAUUCUACCUUGCUGAUGACGGCCACGUCGGCUGCGUUUUGA